AUGCCUCCAGAAAAAAAUUUGCCGGGGACAAAUAUUAAAGUUCCUCAUGUGUUAAUUGGCGACGAAGCAUAUCCGUUAAAGCCAUACUUAAUGCGUCCAUUUCCUUCUCGAGGUUUAAAUGCAGCUACAGAAAAUUUUAACGAUAAUUUAUCGAGAGCACGCAAAUGCAUUGAGUGCACUUUUGGUAUACUUCGGGCUAAAUGGAGACUACUUGGAAAAGACAUAGAAGUCAGCUCAAAGAAAGCUAUUAUCAUUAUAAAAUGUAUGUGUAUAUUACACAAUAUUAUCAGGGAAAAAGAUGGAAAUAGUGAUUUAGAUUACUGCAACAUUAUGCUUGGCACAGAAAAUACUUGGGAAAAUGAAACAAUGGUUCAACGAGCGAGAGGCGCAAAUGCUCUUCAAAGAGCCAAAGACAUAAGAAAUGCGUUCGUAGAUUAUUUUUUAAUAUAA